AUGGAUUCCAAACAUGACUAUUUCAUGAAGCAGGCACUGCUGAUGGGCGAGAAAGCACUUCAAACAGGAGAAACCCCAGUGGGAUGUGUUUUGGUAUACAAUGGUAAAAUUGUUGGGUCCGGGAUGAAUGACACUAAUAGGUCAAUGAAUGGCACAAAACAUGCUGAAUUUAUUGCAAUCGAAGAGAUGCUCCGAAGCUAUCCCAGGUCAUCACUGAAUUCGACAGACCUCUACGUCACAGUUGAGCCAUGUGUCAUGUGUGCCUCUGCUUUGAAGCAGUAUCAAAUACGCGCUGUGUAUUUUGGCUGUGCCAAUGAACGUUUUGGUGGCACAGGGAGCGUGCUAUCAUUGCAUUCUGAUCCCACAAUUGACCCGCCUUACCCCGUACAUGGGGGAUUGUUUCACAAAGAGGCAGUCAUGUUACUUCGGCGUUUCUAUAUACAAGAAAAUGAUAGAGCACCGAAGCCUCGGCCGAAAAAGAAUCGAGAGCUGAACACAACUUUUGAAAAUGAUACCAGAAGUCUUGGGCAUGCGUUCUAG